GUGGUAGAUUGAAAGCUACUUAGAGAGAGAGAAACCCAACUACAAUCACAAGAAUAUAGAGCUAUCUAGAGAGAGAAAAAAGUUUUUGUGUGUGUAUGUGUGAGAGAGAAAGUAAUUUGGGUAUGGGAUUUACAGCAAAAACCAAAGAAAACAACAACAUCAAUACCCACUCCAAUAACACUAACAAUAGUAGUGAAAGUUGGGCAAUGGGCUUCCUCUUCAUUUUCUUCCCAGAAGAAGAAGAUAAUAACAACAAAAUUCUUAACAAAAAACCCAAUAAUUUCUCUUUUUCUUCUUCAUCUUCUCCUUCAUUCAAAUCCAUUAAUGCAAUUCUCAAACGCUCAAAUUCAACUCAACUUCUCUCAAAAGCUCAAUCCACCAUUUCAAUUUGCGCACUUCUCAUUUUCAUUACUUUUCUUCUCUUCACUCUCUCCACUUUCGAACCCACUUCACCUCAUCAUUUCACUUCAAGAAAACAACUAAGUUCUUCAUAUUUAAACCCUAGGAAAAAACCUAGCAAAUUAUUUUUCCCACAUGCAUUACAAGGUAUGGGUUCUUUAUAUAGACGAGGAACAAGAGCAAUGAAUGAUAUUAUUAUUGCUCAUGUCGUUGAAUCCGUUACGGUUAAUGAACUGAAAUCAUUUCUCAAGCUUAUACACAGAUCAAGUGUCACGUCAAAAUCAGACAUUCUGUUGAUAUUUAGAUACAAAUCGAGUUCAUUUGACAACGCCAUUGUUGAAGAGAACAACUCGUUCUUGAAACUCAUUCAUGGCUACUGUAAGGAAAAAGACAUUUAUACUUCGACUACUUUCGACCCGACCCAGUUCGUGAUUUCAAGCAAGAAAGAGAAUUCAAGUGGAGAACCCAUUUGGGGUCGCAAAAUUCGGAGCAGUAAUGAGGAAAAUAGGAAUAAUGGAACUGAGUCAACUCGGUUGAGUUAUGGCUCGAUUGUGAGUUUUGAUGUGGAUGAACUCGACCCUGAGAAUUCCUUAAGUGGAUUUUUAGACCAUGUUCCAUUAAAUUUAAGAAGGUGGGCUUGUUAUCCAAUGUUAUUAGGAAGAAUUCGAAGAAAUUACAAGCACAUUAUGCUAGUGGAUGUAAAGGAAUAUCUCGUACUCGGUGACCCACUGAGUCAACUCAAGAAUCGGAGUCCAGAAACCGUUAUGUUAACAACAAUCGCGCAUAAGAAAAAGAACUCGGAGAAAAAACUAGUUGACUCAGGGAUUGUAUUUGGUGGAGCUAGAGGAAUACGAAGACUGUCAAAUGCUAUGGUAACAGAAAUUGCGCGAGUCGCAAUACAACACAAGAAGAAGAACUCCGUGUCCGAGUCGGGGUUAUUUAACCAACUCGUUGGAAAUGAGUUCAUGUUAAAGAAUGUGAAUUUGAUCAACUCGGGUGAGUCAAUUCAUGAACUGAGUUCACUCACUGGGUUGAACUCGAAAUCGGGUUUUAAUUCCUUGUCUAUAGUAUCAAAAUUUCCUAUUGUUAGGCGUGGGAAUAGUAAUUUGGAUAUUAAUUCUGUUUUUAAAAAGUAUUUGUGUUCAUCUCCUUUGGAUUCUAUAGCUUAUAGUGAUUGUUAGUAGCCAAGAGAAACAAAAAAAUACAGUUUUAUAUAUUUUUGUGCUCUUUUUGGGAGUUUUUGUAGUAUUUUGUUCAUAAUACAAUUUGUUCAAUAAUAUUUUGAGUUUUAGUUUU